CGAUAAGACUUCUGAGUUAAAAGGCUAAAGCCCCGAAUAGAAAGCCCACGCGUGCCGUCCCAGGACUCAGCUUGCUUCCCUCACUACUCUCUCAGCGAUGGCUCCUCCUCUCCUCCUCCUCCUCCUCCUUUUCCCCCCUCUGCUCCUCUCCUCAUCUCCUGCUCUCUCUGCGGUCACCGUAACCCAUCUCCCUGGCUUUAACGGCCCUCUCCCCUUCCGUCUUGAAACUGGGUAUGUAAGUGUUGAUGAGGUGAACGGUGUGGAGCUCUUCUAUUAUCUUAUAGAGUCGGAGAGGGACCCUAAAGCUGACCCUCUCAUACUCUGGCUCAAUGGGGGCCCCGGUUGCUCAGCCUUCAGCGGUCUCGCCUUCGAAAUUGGUCCUCUAAAAUUUGUAACUGCAAAGUACGAUGGCAGGUUACCAUCUUUGGCAUAUCAUCGUUAUGGUUGGACAAAGAUUGCGAAUAUCAUCUUUCUCGACUCUCCUGUCGGAACUGGAUUCUCAUUCUCUAGAAAUCCUAAAGGCUAUGUGGUUGAUGACACAAUUGUAUCAAAACGGACCUACGAGUUUCUGAGGAAGUGGCUUGUCGAGCACCCGCGUUUCAUUUCCAAUCAUCUCUAUAUUGCUGGUGAUUCAUAUGGAGGAAAAAUUGUUCCGAUUCUCACUAGCAUAGUUGCAAAUGGUAUUGAAGAUGGCCAUCAUCCGCUCAUGAAUCUCAAGGGUUAUUUAGUUGGCAAUCCAAGGACUGGUGAACUUAUUGAUUACAAUUCUCGGGUCGCAUUUGCACAUGCCAUGGGCAUCAUUUCAGAUGAACUCUAUGAGGCGAUACAUGGAUAUUGUGGAGGAGAGGAUUAUAUUAAUCCUAAUCCCCUCAACUUACGAUGCAUUUCGGCACUUGAUAAAUUUGAGACGUUCAGAGCCGAACUAGAGAAAAACUAUAUUUUGGAUCCCAAAUGUCCUGCGGCAUCGCCUCAAAGAAAGAAAAUGUCUGGUGAUCGGUACUUACAGGAGAAGCAUUCAGACAUCCUGCUACCACCAGCGGUGGUUCCUGGAUUGGAGUGUAGAUCGUAUGCUUAUUUCCUAUCCUACUAUUGGGCAAAUGAUUAUAACAUCAGAGAGGAUCUCCACGUCAAGAAGGGAACUGUAGAAGAAUGGGUCAGGUGCAAUAAUAGCCUUGCGUAUAGCGAGAACGUCCAAAGUUCACUAGGACAUCAUCUCAACGUAACCAUGAAAGGAUACAAAGCAUUGGUAUACAGUGGCGACCAUGACAUGGCCGUGCCAUUUAUCGGCACACAAGCAUGGAUUCGAUCUCUCAACUACUCUAUUGUCGAUGAUUGGCGCUCGUGGCAUGUGGAUGGCCAAGUUGCUGGAUACACGAGAAAAUACUCUCAUAAUUUGACAUUUGCGAUAGUAAAGCAGAAUGCCGGUCACACGGCGCCGGAGUACCAACCGAAGAAUUGCUUGAUUAUGAUUGAUAGGUGGAUUUCGCAUGAGUCUCUUUGAUAUACUCCCAAAUGAUUGGAUAAAGGGAUGUGUAGUCAUUGUUUAUAAAUUUAAAUUUCCUUCGAAAAAAACUUAUAUCUGCUCUUAUAUUCGUGCAAAAACAAAUAUUAGAGAUAUCUACAAGAUUAUUUUUUGACUGACUUAAGUUUAAUACUUGCAGAUUGCUCAUUGUAGCAAGUUACGUCUUGUGGUGUC